GGGGGACAGCAUGCAAGGGAGCGAGAAGCACCGAGUGGUCUUGCAGUGCAAGGGCAUGGCGAUGGGGUUGAUGUGCUUGGCUGCAACGCUACCCAACUCCGUUGAGUUAGUUACUGGUCUUGGAUCUGCGGGCUAGAUCUCCGUCCACUGCAAGAAUAAGUUAGCCGCAUCUGCUGGCCCUCACAGCGGCGGUUGUGGCUUCCGAAGCCAGCUUCGCCUGGAUCGGAAAGUUGUCCUCCUUCUGGUGCCAUGCCACGCCCGCGAGUCCGACGCGCCCGUUUUCGGGUUCGCAAGCUGGAUGAACCUCCCGGGACGCCUGGCUUUCGGGUAUAACUAGCGGCUAGUUAUCUUGCAUCUUGUAUGCUUAACGCGAUCCGCCUGCAACAUAGUGCAAUAUAGCAAGCAGCACUUAGUCCCCGAGCGGGUGAGGCCGGCCGAAUAUGGGCCCCUCCUUCGUUCCCGGCUCCCGGCGGGGACGGCUCCUUGGUAUCGCUCUCCUGCUGGCCGUCUUCGUCCUCCACCUUGCGAACCGGGCGCCCUUGUCGGCGGGCGGGGGGGAGCCUUUCGAUUUGCACAAAGACCCGCCCAAGGUGCCCAAGAAGUCCCAGAUUGCAGAGCCGCACCAUGAACACGCUGCCCAGGAGGCGGCGGUGGAAGCGGAGCCGGCUGAGCAGAUUCUCUAUGUGCCGCCGACAGCCGAGACGGUGACCGCCGAUGUCGACAACGGGAUCAAUGGACCCGGCUUCGAGCCCUCCGCUACUGCUCCAACCACGACGGGCGGUGAAACAGUUACAGAGACCGUCAUCACGACGUCUGAAACACCCUCGCCGACCCAGUCCGAGUGCCCCAAGUUCGAGAAGUUGCAACAGAUGAGGCCGGGGCCGCUGUCGGAAGGCAGGCGCAAGUUCCCCUACGUGCGGCCGUCGCCCGAGUGCAGGACGUUCACUCUCCCGGCGCUGGAGGACCUGAUCGAGCGCAUGCGCAAGGUGAUCCGCGACCCGGACCUGUUCCGGCUCUUCGAGAACAGCUACCCGAACACGCUCGACACCAUGGUCAAGUGGCGGGGCUACGCGACCAAGAAGAACGAGACGACCGGAGAGCAGACGCUGACGGACGAGGAGCUGGCGUACGUGAUCACGGGCGACAUCGACGCCAUGUGGCUGCGGGACUCGGCCAGUCAGAUAUACUCGUACCUGCCCCUGCUGGAGGCGUCGACCAAGGUGGACUCCCUCGCCAGCCUCUGGCGCGGCGUGAUCAACUCGCACUCGCGGUACAUUAUCAUCUCGCCGUAUUGCCACGCGUUUCAACCGCCUCCCGAGAGCGGCAUCCCGCCGACUCACAAUGCGGCGUACGCGCAGAACUCGCCCAACCCCCCGUACGACCCGCAGCUCGUCUUCGACUGCAAGUGGGAGCUCGACAGCCUGGCCUCCUUCCUGCAGAUCAGCACGGCCUACUACGAGCGCACCGGCGACCUCGAGUUCUUCGGCAGGUACUCGUGGGUCGACGCCGUGCAGGCGGCCGUCGACGCGUCGGCGGCCAUGCGCCUCGGCACCUACGACGACGACGGCCGCGUGCUCCCUUCCGCCUGGACCUUCACGGGAUGGACGAACCGCGGGACCGAGACACUGACCAACGACGGGCUCGGCAACCCGGUCAAGCAGAACGGCAUGGUGCGGUCGGCGUUCCGGCCGAGCGACGACGCCUGCAUCUUCCAGCUGCUGACGCCGAGCAACAUGAUGUUCGCGGCGUACCUGGAGCGGGCCUCGGCCAUCAUGGAAGGGCUGGCGGAGCGCGGGCUCAGCAGCAAGGCGGCCAACCUGACGACCGAGAUGCGCAAGCUGGCCGCGGGGAUCCGGGUCGGCAUCGCGCGCGACGCCGUCGUGACGCACCGCGACUUUGGCGAGAUCUUCGCGUACGAGGUGGACGGCUACGGCAGCGCGAACCUGAUGGACGACGCCAACGUGCCGUCGCUGCUGGCGAUGCCGCUGUGGAACUUCACGAGCGGCGGCGGCGGGGGCAGCUCCAAACAGCAGACGGCCAAACCGGCAAAGCACGUUCCCCGGCGCGACGACGACGACGACGACAACGACACAACCACCACCGCCACCACCGCCACCACCGCCACCUCCUCCCCAUCCCCCGACGCCGACGAACCCGAACCCGCCCACGACUACGCACAGAUCUACCAAAACACGCGACGCUUCAUCCUCAGCCCCUCGAACCCCUACUUCGCCAAAGGCCCGGUCCUCUCGGCCGUCGGCGGGCCGCACCUCGGGCCGGGGAAGGGCUGGCCGAUGGCGGCGGCGGUGGCCGGGCUGACGGCCUUCUCGCCGCUGGCCGGGUUCGGGCCAGCGACGCUGGCGGAGCGCGACGCGGCGGUCGGCGCGCAGCUGUUCGCCGUGCUCAACUCGACCGCCGGCACGGGCGUCGUGCACGAGACGGUCCACGCCUGGCACGAGUACGCCUUCACGCGCCCCUGGUUCGGCUGGGCCAACGGCCUGUUCGGCGAGCUGGUCCUGCGCAUCGCCCGCGACGAGGAGGAGAGGGGCCUGUUGGGCUCGGACAAGGGGCUGCUGGGCCGGCUGUGGCAGGAUUAAGGUCCUCAUUUUUGGGUGGAGCAAGGCUCUGGUGAUCUUUCGGUUUUGUCUUGCAUUCGGGGAUUCUCUUGGAGAGCCCGGCUUGGUAUAAAUGGAGGGCAAUGGGUCCGUUUGGCGUUUAUUAAGUUGCAUUUUGAGUACGGAAUAUGCAUCCGCAUUAGGGACCGCCUGGUCCCUCCGGCUGUUGUUCUGCAUCAAUGUCGACAUUAAGAGGAUGGUGGAAGAUCCUUGUUUGGGCUUUGGUAGUCCCAUGGUUGUUCGCUUGGACUGGCCACUCCCCGUAGCCAAGGUAAUUUAGACUUCGUUCUUGGAAGGUUGUCCUGCGGUACUGUACACAGUAGCAUGAGAAGCCGUGUCCCCCGUUUCCUGAGCUGUGUUGAUGGGCAAUCGGGGACCGUUGAAGCUCCCUGGCUGGCGAGAAAAAGAAAUU